UGUCAAGCUCGUUCAGGAAGCGUGCUGGUGCUUCUGCUUUUUCUGCUCUCUCUGUGGUUUCCUUUUCACAGCCUUCUAUCUCUACCCUCACCCUCACCCUCAAACAGUUUUCAAGCAGACAGACACGAGAACAGUCCGACACACCAGGACAUUUUGUGACUGCAGUCUGAGGAGGACGAUCGACACGAAGAGCGAUGCUCCAGUCUCUGAUACUAAGCAGAAGAUGAGCAGAGCGAGGCCCAACGCUUAGACGGAGCAUUCGGAGCGUUCUUAUUACACUUAUAAAUCCCACUCACAUCGCCUGAAGCGCUGCUAUUGUUUAGUUUAGUUUUUUUUUUUUUCUGAGUGAAUGUUAGCAUUGUAAGAGCCAUUUUUGGUUCCUCUUUUUUUUUUUUUCUCUCCCCCCUCCGCCCCCCUCCCACCACCACACACAGGUUUGUGUACGUCGUGUUUUCCGUCCAUUUUGAAACGGAGAGGACGUCGCUCGACACAGGACAUGUUUCCCCCUCGUGCUCGGCUCGUCAGAAUCGAAACGGGUUUUUGAAGACUUUCGGUAAUCCUUUGCCGCGUGAAGGAUCGAGAUCAGCCCGCCGUCGCUCGACUCAACCGGACAUCAUGUCCUAAAAGACAUGAUUUCACCCCCCGUUCUGGACUUAACGGACCGUCAAGGAUUGUAGAGUCACGCGGCGUUUUAUAUAGAGAGAGAAUCGGCCACAAGCAAGGAAUUCUGGGAAACGUCGUUGGCCGUGAUCGAAGGAAGUUGGGAUCCUGGAAUUCCUAAGGAAGGUAGUGAUGGGAAACGUGGCCGGCGGUUUGGAACAGCCUGAGGGCACGGAGGCUGGGGUCCACCCCACAAUGGGUACCAUUAAGAAGAAAACACCGACUCCCAAACUGCCCAUACCUCCCGACGACGAGCUGGAGGAGCGCUUCAACGUGGUGCUGAGCUCCAUGAACCUGCCUCCUGAUAAGAUGACGCUUCUUAGUCAGUACGAUAGCGAAAAGAAAUGGGAACUGGUCUGUGAUCAGGAGCGUUUCCAGGUGAAGAACCCACCAUCUGCAUAUCUGAACAAGAUCAAGAGUUUCUACCAGGACCAGGGAGGAGUGGCACGCAGGUUUAAGAGGCGCAUUCAGGAGUCCACCCAGGUCCUGAGAGAACUCGAGAUCUCCUUGAGGACCAAUCACAUUGGAUGGGCUCAGGAGUUUCUGAGUGAAGAGAACCAGGGUUUGGAUGUCCUGGUGGAUUAUCUGUCCUACGCUCAGAGCGAUGCACCGUUUGAGGUGGAGUCAGUGGAGAAUGGAGGUUCUGUUACAGAUAACAGGAAGAUGUCGGAGAGAUCUGUCGAGGAUCUAACCAAAAACACCACACACUCGGCGACACAAAACAUGACCCGGGCUGCUCGCGCUCUCACCGUCCGAUGGACUAAUCUGACGAAGGGCAGGGGAUCUCUGAGAAAUCGCUUAAGCCAAAGAGACGACGUCCAUGUUUGCAUCAUGUGUUUACGAGCUAUCAUGAAUUAUCAGUCUGGCUUCAACCUUGUGAUGAGCCACCCUCGCUGUGUGAACGAAAUCACGCUCAGUCUGAACAACAGGAACCCCAGGACAAAAGCCCUGGUGUUGGAGCUGUUGGCCGCUGUGUGUCUCGUUAGAGGUGGACAUGACAUCAUUAUCUCAGCCUUUAAUAACUUUAAAGAAGUGAGUGGAGAGAAGAACCGGUUUGAGAAGCUAAUGGAGUAUUUCAGCAGUGACGACAGCAACAUUGACUUCAUGGUGGCAUGUAUGCAGUUCAUAAACAUCGUGGUUCACUCGGUGGAAAACAUGAACUUCCGGGUACACCUUCAGUACGAGUUCACACAGCUCGGCCUCGAUCAGUAUUUAGAAUCCCUGAAGCUGACAGAGAGCGAGAAGUUGCAGGUCCAGAUCCAGGCGUAUCUGGAUAACGUGUUCGAUGUGGGCGCUUUGCUCGAGGACGCAGAGAAUAAAGGAGGACUAGUGGAACAAUUGGAUGACUUACAGGAACACAAUGCACAUCUGAGUGCUAAGCUACGGGAGUAUGAGAAUGGAGCGAUGGAGAAAGUUGAACUCGAGCAGCAGCUCAUGCAGGUCACUAAAGAGUCAGCGAUACUCAAGGAGAGCUUGCGGGAGUCUUUCGCUCAGGUCAGCGCCUUGCAGCAGCGUGAGCGUGAGCGAGAGAUCCAGAGAGAAAGAGAGAAGGAGCAGGAGCGGAUAUCUCAUCCGUCCCAGCUAGGACGAGAGAAGAGCAGAGACACCGAGGAGCAGAGGGACAGCAAGCUGGAGGUGAAACUGAGGGAGCUGCAGGACAAAGGUUUGGUGCGGCUCGAGAGGACGGCCUCGGGAUCUCUGGACAUCGAGGUCAUCCCCGUGACUGUGGUGCAGACCAUCCCUGCUGCUGUCACGGAAACAGACUCGGCACCAGCCAAUCAGGCCGCUCCCUCGGCAGCUCCUCCCCCUCCUCCUCCUCCUCCUCCACUGCCCGGCGAAGAACCUUCUUCUGCCACUUCCGUCGUGCCUCCACCCCCACCACCGCCACCUCCUCUUCCAGGGUGUGGAGUCCCACCUCCACCACCACCUCCUCCUCCUCCAGGUGGAGGCCCGCCUCCUCCCCCGCCCCCUCCUGGGUGUGGCCCGCCUCCUCCUCCUGGAGCAGCUCCCGAACCAGAAACAGUGAAGAGCAGAAAGCCGAUCCAGACGAAGUUCCGCAUGCCUCAGCUCAACUGGCAGGCUCUGAAACCCAACCAGGUGGAAGGAACAGUGUUUAAAGAGCUGGAUGAUGAGCAUCUGUUACAGGAGUUGAACAUGGACAUAUUUGCGGAGCAGUUCAAGACGAAGGCGCAGGGUGGUCCAUCUGAUCUCUCUAAGCUGAAGGUGAAGGCUUCAAAACCUCCCACGAAAGUUUCUCUCCUGGAGGCCAACAAGGCCAAGAACCUCGCCAUCACCCUGCGUAAGGCAGGCAUGAGUCCUGCUGAUAUCUGCACCGCCAUCCAGACGUAUGAUCAGCAGGCCCUGAGCCUGGACUUCCUGGAGCUGCUGGAGCGCUUCGUCCCAUCUGAUUACGAGAUGAAGCUGCUCCAGAACUACGUGAAGGAGGGACGUUCUCUGGAGGACCUGCCCGAGGAGGACCACUUUAUCAUGAACUUCGGUAAAAUCCCGCGCCUCGCUCAGCGAAUCAGCACGCUCACCUUCAUGGGCAACUUCCCCGACAUGGUCAAACGCCUGCAGCCGCAACUGAACUCCAUCAUCGCGGCCUCCAUGUCCCUGAAGUCUUCCACCAAGCUGAAGAAGAUCUUAGAGAUCAUUCUGGCUUUCGGGAACUACAUGAACAGCAGUAAGAGAGGCGCGGCUUACGGUUUCCGUUUGCAGAGUCUCGAUCUGCUCUUAGACACAAAGUCCACAGAUCGCUCACAGACUCUGCUGCACUUCAUAACUAGCAUGGUGCAGGAGAAAUACCCCGAGCUGGCCUCCUUCCACAGCGAGCUGCACUUCAUCGACAAGGCUGCCCUGGUGUCCCUGGAUGGCGUGCUGCAGGACGUGCGUGCUUUAGAGAGAGGGAUGGAGGGGACCAAGAAGGAGUUCAUGGUGCAGGAUGACAUCACAGCGCUGAAGGAGUUCGUUAAGGUCAACAGCGCGCUGCUGGACUCGCUCGUUAAAGACGGCAAGACGGCGCAGGAGGCGUAUGCUUCCGUAGUGGAGUAUUUUGGCGAGAACCCGAAGACCACACAGCCUUCCCAGUUCUUCCCUCUGUUUGUCAGAUUCGUUAAAGCCUACAAGCAAGCGGAGCAGGACAACGAGCGGAGGAAGAAGAAGGAGAUGGCGGCCGAAGAGCAGGCCACGCCCUCGCCGAAGAAGACAGACAUCACGCCCUCGCCGCAGAAGGGUCCCAUGAUGCCCAAGAUGCCUCAGAUGGAUCUGAUAGCGGAGCUGAAGAAGAGGCAGGUGAAGCCGCAGGUCACCGACGGAGCCAUCGAGGACAUCAUCACAGAUUUGAGAAAUUGUCCGUACCGGAGAACAGACGGCCGAAGACCGGCGCAGCGGCAAGAAAAUUAACCUGCUCGUUAUUUUCACAGAACUUCCUACAUAGUGCUAUAAUCUGUAUUAGGCUUAUUUGAUAUACUGAAGACACAUGCACACAACAAAUCUUCAAAUGCAUACACACAACCGAUAUGGUGCACACGGUUACACACAAAUACACACUAACAGACACACACACACACACACACACACACACACCCUCACACGUUCUUACUUAUCCCUUUUUACUUUUAUUCCCUAUAAACAGCUGUAUAUAAAUAAGACUGAUUACGAACCGUUUUACACCUUCCACCACGAUGCUUUUGGAUUUAAAAAGAGCUACAGUGACUUUUACGUAUUUGUUUAUAUAUAAUAAAAAAAAAUUAAUAAAAAGAAAAGGAAAAAAGUGUUUUAACAAAGAUCAGCGUAACAGAAGUCACAGUAGCCGUGAAUGUCUAUUCUAAAUCAUUAAAACAAACAAACAAACAAACCUACAUCCAAUAAUAUUGUUUAAACGUGGCAUUUCUUUACCGCACACGAAGCUAUCGAAACGUUUCGGAUCGCUGCGUGCUUAGCAUCACGGAGAACACGAGGAACUGUAGAGAGACACACCGGGCCCGAGGUAUAAAAUAUAAAACAGAUGGAGCUUUCCAGCACAAUAAUAAGUGCAGCUGUACAUACGGUCUACGCUGCAGUCUCCGGUUUAAGCUCCGUGUAAAACAUGUCGUCUGAACCGAAGUGAAGUCCACGCUGUGAAACAGCAAUAUACAAGUGACUGAGAUGUUCUAGAUGAAGAUCUAAGAUCCUCUAAGACGUGUCCACUAUCUUGAGAAACAUUAUAGGAAUAAUAAUAAUAAUAAUAAUAAUAAUAAUAAUAAUAAUAAUCGUGGGGGUGUAAACUUUUGAACAGGAUGAUCGGUGCAAAUUGUGAGCAUUUAGUCUUCUGGUAGACAUGUCUGAAGGGCUGUACUAAAUGAAUAAUAAUAAUAAUAAAAAUAAGAUCUUUAAAGAAAAGAAUCAUUUACACCGAUCAUCCCGUUCAAAAGUUUACACCCCCUCGCCAUGGCUCUUAAUGUUGUUUAUCGUGUUGCCUUCUUGAGCAUCAGUGAACGUUUGCACCUUUCGUAAUAGUCGUGUAUGAGACGAGUCCCUCGGUCGUCCCCGGUGUGGAAAGACAGAUCACAUGACUGUUGGAAAGCGCGCAAAUACGCAGGAGAUGCUGGAAAAGUAAAGAAUGUGCCGGACCUGGAAGAUUUUUUCUGAUCAGUGGGUAGUUUAAGUGCUCAGGAUAAACAAGGGACUCGUGAAGAACUCUCACAGAACAUAAACACAGCCGUGGAUCAUCCAGGUAACGACACAAGGGUGUGUAAACUUUUGAACAGGCUAAUUUUUAAUUUUUUUUAUAAAUUCAGCUAUUGUCUUGUGGACUAUAUGUAAACAUCUGUUAUGUGAAAUAGCGUAUUCAGGACAGAACUAAAUAAACAACAACAUGGGAUUUUUAUGAUCUCGAUAAUUCUGUGUGUGUGUGUGUGGGGGGGGGGGGGCACAAACUUUUCCAUACAACCAUAUAUGCAUCCUGACCCACUUUUCAUCUUUUUGUUUUUAAAAAUGAGUAAAAAUGAAAAAGGAAAAGAAAAACCAGGCACUGAAACGUGGCCGUAGAAGAGAGCCGGAGUUUAUUAGACACACCACCACAGCAAGUAUGUACAAAAUAAUUUCAGCUCUCCGAGUUCCUCGUACAGCAGGGAAGGGAGGGUCGGGUAAAGUUUCACAUUUCUCACAAAGUUAUUCGUCGUCGGCAUCCACACCGAUAAAUUAGCGUCUUCUUUUCGUCAGUAUAGGCAAUCUAUAUUUUAUACAUUGAUAGAUUAUUUCUAUAGAGGUCUAUAUAUCGUAGAUACAGACGUGUCGGUUAUAUCACACUACUCUAGAGAUGGUAGGGUCACGCUACGGACUCUGCGCCGUGAUUGGUCGGCUGAAUCCUUCUGUGACACACACACUCGGCGACUGUCGAUCAAAUCUGGUUACCACGUCACCACAGAUUACAGUAAGACUGGACAUGCCUUCGCCACGAACAUAUCUGAAGUAUAAAAAGUCACUUUUUCCUACUAUAUAUUUAUUUUUAAAAUGACAUCUGUGCCUUUCUAUAGUCUCUCUCUCUCUGUCUGUCGGGUUUUUUUUUUUUUUUUUUUUGGAUAAAACGUAGACAACUUCAUUUCUUUCGUUCUUUUCUUUUUUUUUUUUUUUAAACAAUGGCACCGUGCGACUGCUUUUAUAAUAUACAUGCAUUGCUAUUUAGUUUUAAUAAAUACCUUAGAACUCCAUCUUUUUUUUUUUUUCCUUGUUUUUUUAUUUAUUUUUUUUUUAAAUAAAAUGUUUUUUUCUUUUGUUGUUUCCUGGACAUAACAAUUUUAUGUAGAACUCUAAGUAAGAACGAUGCUUUAUAUUUACAUAAUAUCGAUUCUUUUUAGUCUAGGUUUGCUCGAUGCCGAGAUUUCCGAAACAUCCGACGUGUCGAUUAAAAGCUUCCUGAAAGGGAUGAAGUUAGAAUAAAGUUCAAAUAAUCUACACAUCGUUAUGCUUUUCAUGUGCUUUCGGUCACUAUUGCGAGUGUGCUCUUGGUUAGCUUAGAGAACAUAAUCGUACAUUAGCCAGACGCCAACGUCAGCCAGUUCUUUCUUUCUUUCUUCCGUUCGCCACUAAAUAAUACGCGCAUGCAAUUCAUCGCGGUUUUUUUUUUCUUCCCGAUUAUACGUCGUUACCGGAAGAAAAAAAAAACGCGUCGGUUUUACCUUUCGCUCGAAACUCCAGGGUUACAGUCCAGGGUUCCGCUAAGUGCAGAGAGAGAGAGCGCGCUCGACCCGAUCUCACGGUUUCGACGCUCGCGCUAACUCCGUUACCGUCCGGAGGGUUGGUCUCGGAUUCACCCCGACGUUUCCACACACGGAAACUAAUAGAAAAUCCGUAUUUAACAAAACAAACAAACAAACAAACAAAAAAAACGGCUAAUUGCACGUCGAUCUACAAUGCUAGCGACUCUAUAUUACAUAGAAUUCAUACUGUACAUUUAGGUCAAUAUUUUCAACUCAAUAUAUAAAAUGUUUUUGUCUUGUGAAUAAAUAAUAAAGCUAGUGUGAUGUGAAACUCGUAAUUAUAUGUAUGUAUAUAUGUAUAUAUAUAUAUAGUUAAAAAAAGAAAAAAAAGCAAAGGAACAAAGCUGUACAAAGCAUUUUCAGUUAAUAUAAAAGAAAAGAGAUGAUAAAAGUUUGCAUCGUUCGUUUUGUUUAGGGACGAUCGUAUUACCAACCUACACAAAAUAAUAAACAAAACAAAACAACAACAACAACAAACAUGAUACAUAUUACAUUCGUUAUGAACUAAAACUAAAGCUAAUCACAGGUAUUAUAAUGCAAGUUGUGUUGUCCCCUCCCUCCCUCA